GCGAAUCAGUCGGUUUUCAAAAGUCUUAAGUCAAGUAUCGUUAUAGGAUUUUUUGCCACUUUUACCUAUAACAUUUUUUUUUUAUUUUAUAUUGAUUAAUUUUUAUUUUAUGAUUGGCUAAUGGUUUAAUUUAAAAGUGAAUUAUUUUAAUUUUUUGACUCGAAUUAAUAAAUAAAAUAAAAUAAUGUUGCUAUUCAAAAAACUCGGUAUCGCCGGUGGUUCUUUAUUUACUUUUGGUAUAAUUAUCGGUUACGCGUUUUUUCCACCGUUUUUACACAGCCAAAUAAAGAAGGGAAUCCAAUUAGUUGAGGGUUCAGACAUGAGAGACAUGUGGACAGUAGUACCUUUUCCAGUAGAUUUUAGAAUUUAUUUAUUUAAUGUUACAAAUGCAAAUGAAAUACAAGGUGGCGCUAAGCCAAUAGUUAAAGAAGUUGGUCCGUUUUUUUACGAUGAAUGGAAAGAAAAAGUAGAUUUGGUUGAUCGCGAAGAAGAUGAUACUGUUGAAUACUGCAAUAAAGCAACAUUUAUAUUCAACCAAGCAAAAAGUGCUCCAGGUCUUACUGAAGACGUAGUGUUAGUUUUUCCUCAUGCUAUGAUAUUGGGGAUGAUUCUUGCUACAGUACGAGAAAAACCUGCAAUGGUUGGUCUGGCAGCUAAAGCUGUCGACAGUAUAUUCCAUAAACCAUCUUCAGUGUUCGUUACUGCAACAGCACGCGAGAUACUCUGGACAGGUUUACCAGUUGAUUGUUCAGUUAAAGAUUUUGCUGGAAGCGCCGUGUGCGGAAUAAUACGUGAAGACGAUUCUGGUUUCAUAAAAGACGGUGAAAAUUAUAAGUUUGCAUUAUUCGGCCCCAAAAAUGGAACCGUUGUACCAGAUCGAAUUAGAGUUAAACGUGGUAAAGCUAAUUAUUUAGAGGUAGGAAUAGUGACUGAAUUCAAAGGCUUACCAAAAUUAACUAACUGGCCCGAAGAAGGAGAAUGUAAUACUUUCAAUGGCACCGAUUCAACGAUUUUCCAUCCUUUCCUCUAUCAAGAUGAAGAUGUCGUAUCUUUUGCGCCAGAUCUUUGCAGAAGUUUAGGCGCUCGAUACCAAAGACCGUCGAAAUUCAAAGGACUUAAGACAAACCGGUACACCGCAGGCUUAGGUGACAUGAGUACAGAUCCAGCUCUGAAAUGUUUCUGCCCGACACCAGAUACUUGCCUAGGAAAGGGAUUAUACGAUAUAUUUGCUUGUGUGAAAGCGCCAAUUGUCUGUAGUUUACCACAUUUCUAUGACACCGAUCCACAGUACUUGACUCAAGUCGAGGGUCUUCAUCCUAACGAGGAAGAACAUCAGAUUUUCAUAGACUUUGAACCGAUGCUUGGAGCGCCACUGAGUGCAAGAAAGCGGCUUCAAUUUAAUAUGUUUAUUUUCCCCGUUGAAAAAUUCAAACUUAUGAAAAACUUCCCAUCAGCUCUUAUGCCAUUGUUUUGGGUUGAGGAAGGUCUUGAGUUAGCUGACGAGUAUAUGAAGCCAAUAAAGCUUGUAUUUACUAUGUUGAAAGUCGUUGGAAUUAUGAAAUGGCUCAUGAUGACAGCGGGUAUUGGAUUAGGAGGUGGUGCUGGCUUUUUGUACUACAAAGCAAAUAAACCUCCGCAAAAACUCGAAAUAACUAAAGUUUCACCAAAAACAAUUCAGAAUACCGCUGGCGAUGAGAAAAAAUGGCCAACGAGUGUUAGUACUAUUCAAGGAAAUAAUGCCCCACCUUCUGUAGAAGCUUGAAAGUAAAUUAAACUGUUAACAAAAUGUCCUUUUUUAAAAUAAAUCUGAUUCAAUAAUUUCCAAUCUAAAUCUUAAUGAUUUAUUUUAAACAAGGACGUUGUUAAUACAGUGAAAAUUUUACGUUGAAUUGACACAUCAUUUAUCGUGUCAAACAAGUAGAUUACAAAAUUAAACAGAUGUGUAAAUUUCUCGAAACUUAAUCAUAAUUUUCUGCACUAUUAAGUGCUGUAAAAAAUAUAAAGAAAUUAAGCAAAAUUUUUUACUAUGAAAUAUUGAGUCACAAGAUUUAACAACGUGAUUUUAGGUAGCUAAAAGAUGGCAGCGAAAUAUUCAUUUUUUAAAUCGCUUAGUUUUCCGAAUGGCAUGGUACAUUUUGUCAAGAGAACUUAUGUUGCAGUUCUAAUUUUAGAUAAGUAAGGCCGUUUGAAACAGCUCAAUUUAAGUUUAUGACCAAUUAGAUUGGCAUAGCUAAAAAUUUGUAAUGGACACAGUUCAUUCCUAAGAAAUCUGAACGCAAAAAAAAGGUUUUCAUAAGUAGUCAAAAUUUCAAUUAAUUGGCAAAAAAUUGAUUUAGUUUUUCACAAACAAAUUAUUAAUUUUAAAAUUAAUCCUUUAGAGCGUUAUUAAUUCGUUCAAUAUAACCACUUUGCCGUUUUUGUUUCUAAAAUUGAUUAAAAUAAUUUAUUAUUAUCGUUUUGAUUUCUGAAGUAUAAAAAAAAAUGAAUAAACUUUGCAACUUAAUUUUGAAUAAUUUCUUAAUUAUUUUUUUGCUUGUAAAUCAAUUUAUAUUUAUGAAGUUAUGUUUCGAUAAUUAAUAUUCACAAAUUGCCAAUAAAAUUGGUCAUUUUUUUAAUUGGAAAAUAUUCAAUUUUGUUCGAUUAUUGCAGCCCUAUUUAAUACAUGUUUCGUAAAAAAGAGAUAAUUCCUCAUAAAACAGUUUGAUCAGAAAAUAUAGAGGUAUACAUGUAUAAUUUUACAAAUAUUUAAUAGCAAUUCAUGAGGUUAUAUCAAGGACACAUAUAUAAUGAUCAAUGAUCACGUAUCAUCGAAUUAUAUAAAAUCGUAGUUUUAAAUGAAAUUGUUUCUAUAUCAUAAAUUGAUAAUCGGCGAUUACCAAGUAAGCUCGUUACUAAAUGGGUCUUAUGAAAAAUAAUGAAAAAAAAAAGGAAUUGUAUGUAACAAUUUAAAUCAAAGGAAUAGUGAACUGUGAUAUCAUAUGUUCUGUUAAGAAAACGUGGAAGUAAUGAUGAAUAUUUUUAUUGUUUGUUCUUUAUAUAAAUUUACAAUCAGACGAUCUCUCGACACUUUCCAUUAAAUUGUCUUUUUCUUUAAAUAUUAUAUGAUAAUAUCAAUGCUCAAUAUGUUAUAUUAUUUAUU